AUGGACACAGCCGGCUCCAGCAUCGUCGACGACAGACAACCCUUGAAAGCAGCUGCUGGAGGCCGCACCAAAGUGAAUUCCGCGUCGGCUAGGAUGUCGUUGGCAGCUGGGUAUGGUCCAGCCGCCAGGGCAGACGUAAGCUGUCUCCUGUCUCAUAUUCCCGGAAGAAAGUGGGUCAACGAGAUCCCCAGGGUCAGGGCUGUUUCAACAAAGAGCGGUUCAGUGCUCUUUGUGUGGUGCGGGUUCAGCUUUGGCCAGCCGGGAUGUGGCUGGCUUCCUGGGCCAACCGAGCGAAGGGUUGUGGGGGCGCGUCUGCAGCCAUUACGCGGCAGCUUCUGCCACCCAGUAAGCAUGAACAGCAUCGCCGUCUUGCGGCUGAGGUGA